AACGGCUUCAUGGUCGGCUCUCACGUUUGCCCUGUGACGUCUCCAGUGGCAAAGAUUGACCUGGACCCAGAGGUCAGUCCCACAGAGCCACUUCAGCUAGGUGGAAACCAGUCUCCCAGGUUUGACGAGCUCUCUGACCGCACUACUAGCCCACGAUCUCUCUCCUCUUCAGAUCUGGAGUCGGGAAGUGAGUCGGAUAAACCCAAAGUCGAAACAUGUGGAGACAUGGCAAGGCCAGUUUCCUCGGCGAGAGAGCGCGAGCCUGCCCAGGUGCUGAUGAAAAUCUUCCCUCAAGUGAAGCCGGAUGUGCUGGAAUCGGCUCUGAGCGCAUGCACGGGUGACAUUGUAAAGACCAUCGAGCUGCUGCUCACUUCUAAAGAGGGACGAUAUGCAGACGAAUCAGACAGUUCGUUAACAGAGAACAUUGUGGCAGCACAGAAGCCUCACACACUCCACCUUCCCACAUCAAAGUCUGCCUUUUCCCCACUGCAGUCCUCCGCUGGUGUAAAACCUUUAGGAAAUGAUGGCUUCUACGGCCUCGGUCCUUGUUUUGGGUUCAAUCCACUGCGUGUUGCUUAUUCCGGUUCCGGAAGCACAUUGCCGAGUUUUAUCUCUCCGUACCUGACAUCUGGACUGCUCCCUGCAGUGCCUCUGCAUUCACCCGUCGAUUAUUCGUUUCCUACCAUGAUCCGGGAUUUGGCCUACCAGAACAAAGACACUCAGCACCGUGUCUCUCUACUCAGGACAGCGGAAGUGAUUAAUACUGUUAACUUUGUAUUUUAAUGUAAUGACUGUGUGCUGCAAUUUUUUAUGCCUCCAGUUUUGUAGCCUUAAACCCCUUUGCCUUGAAAUGUCAGAAGCAUUCUAUUUUUGUACCUGGUUAUAUUUUCUAGCUUUAUUUUUUAGAGUAGCCUAUAUUUUCACAUUUUUUAAAUAAACCCUCAACUUGGAGAAAAAUUUCAA